CUUUAUUUUCCUUUUUUCGCUGUCAAUGUCGGCAAACAAUGUCGCUUGUGGCAUAUUAUAGCGACUCCUCCGAAUCCGACGAGGAUAGCAGCAAAAAAUCCGAAAGCGAAGAGAUAAAUGGCACGCCGCCAACCGAGAAGCUGCCGCCAAAGUUGCCGAGCGCGAACCAGGCGCUGGGCCAAGCAGGCGGCAAGAAGACGGGCGAGGUGUUCUCCAAUCCAUUUCUAGAGGCAGAGCUGCAAAAGACAGCGUCCCUGGAGCGGCACGUUAAAAUGGUCAACAACGACACCCAUUUGCAGCUAAAGAAUGGACGCAAGAUAUGCUGGAACUUCAGGAAAGGACGAUGUCGUUUUGGAACAAGCUGCCAAUACGCCCAUGACUCUGAUUUGGCGAUGACGGAAGAGACUCCUCCCAAAAAUAGUUUUGAUCCAGUCCAAGCAGUCCAGCUGGUGAAAGAUACUGGAAAUACCAACACGCGCAAACGUCCCGGCCUGGGUGAUGGCUUGGAGCCAGGCAAACGGGUAAUGAAGUCGUACCAGAAGCAACACCCAUCUGGCCGCCGUUAAACCAGUCCUGCAUCUGUGAUCUGUAGCAAGCAAGUAUCUCCCGCAGGACCAUAGGUGUUCGUCAUUACAUUCGGAGGCCGUCGUCAUCGCAGCUGUCGCCGCAGUUUGUACUCUCCGGUAGCUCCAGCGACAAUCUCAGCGUACACACUGAACUCCAAUAUGAGCGUAGCAUUGGUUUAUUCGGCUGCCGCGUAGACCCAUCACUGUUGCCAUCCUCUAAGCCGUCAUCGUCACAAUUAUCUUAUAGUAGAACAAGCGUAGUAUAUAGAGCUAUGUAAAUAAAUCGUCCUUUAAACUAAAA